CGUCGAUUAAUAUUCAUGCUACAGUGACUACAAUCCUGUCCUUCGGGUACCUAGAAUAUCGCUACCUCCAUGGUUCAACUUUUCCCAACAGCAUCCGUAGAAUAACCUCACAGAUUGAUGAGUGUAUAAUGUUUUGUGGGUCCGAGGAAAAAUUUCGGAUAGUCUUCUAGAGUAGUAGAAUAAAUACAUUUCAACCUUAGAAGAUUUCAACAGUUGUCUUGCGUGACCAUGUUAUCUUUGAUAUAUGUUGAUAUUUGAUGAUUGAUGUCAAUCACAAAACACAUCAGAACAAUGUCAAUAUAACCUAGACUUUUGUUUUGGUGGUAAAAACGCAAAAAUAUUUAAAAACAUGAUUUUCCUAUAUUAUGAGAGGAACUAUUGAAGGAGAAAGUGGAUAAAAUAGUACUUUUGUUAAAGUUCAUUAUUCAAAGUUAAAAUGAAGUCUAGUUUCAUAUUUCCUAAUUUAGAAAACUUGUGUGAACUUCCAGGAGCACCUAGUGAUAAAAUUAUAGUAAUAUCAAUCAUCGGUAAGUCCCCACUUAGGAAGGCUGGACUUAAAGUGAAAUCUGUAGGACGGAUACCACUAACAAGUUAUCAAAAUGUUGAGUGUGCUAUUGAUGGCUCAUAUGAUGAAGAAAAUCAAAUACUAUACCUACAUGUACAAACUUUAUUAGACACAGAUAUAUUGAUAAGAUACUAUAAAAACUUGGAAGAUAAUCCAGAAUAUGAAAAUGCACAUUUCUUCUCUAUUUAUGAUGAAGUCAAGAGUAGUUUUGCCAGAUAUUUGUUGUUUUUGUUCUAUGUUAGCCAUAUUGUCAUACUGUCGCAUCCUGGGUAUACCCUUGACAGUAGUUAUAUGCAAUAUUUUAAGGCUGUGGAUAACUUAAGUCAAAAAAUGGUUGAUAAAAUCAAAGAUGCACUUCAGUCAAAUGACGAAAUUGGCUCUGAUUUAGCAGCAAAUGGCCGAUUUUGUACACCAAGGCUAGUAUUCUAUUUUGAAAAAUGCCCAAAAAAUGUUCAGAAUUUGAAAAAACUUGAACACAAUCUAGAAGACAAAAUAUAUCAUAUUUUGAGAAAGACACGAAUAAUCAGCACUAUGGGAGGAUCUUUGUUUGCCAUCCCUUUAAAUGACGAGUUUGUGCAUAUUUCUCAAGAGCUUGCUACAGAUCCAUUAGAUAGUAUGGUAAAAGGUUUGUUACAGGACUGUCAACCUGGAGGUGCCAUGCAGAUUGAAGUACCAUACUCCAGUCAGUUUCACCGUGAAGGGAGGCUAAAAAAAUUCCUUCAAGUUUACAUCCAACAAGCUAGAACCAAAGGAUUUGAUGAUUGUGUCAGUUCUGGGAGACAUCAGCAUUCUCCUCCAUCAUAUUUUGAGUUACCUACAUUAAAGGAGUGGAUAGAUUUUGCUAAAAUAUUACAUUCAAUCACCAUUAAAAAUAAGCUUGUCUCUUCAUUGUGUAUCGACACUAGAUUUUCCGAGCAACGUUGCUUGAAAGUACUGCCGUUAGCAUUAGCUAGGUACCAAGAAGGGCUUCCUUCACACUAUGCCAAAUCUGGGCAUGAAGCAAGGUUAAAUAUGGCAUUUGCUUUGUUGAAAACUCAAGCUAGAGGUCCGGCAUAUCCUCAGUAUGCUCAACAGCUAGAACUAGAAUGUCAAGCAUUCUGGGAAAAUGGUAGACAGCAGUGUGAAGCUGCAUCUAUGAUGGGAAAUCCAUGUAAACUUCCGAAACAUGGAAGUGACAAAGAACAUUUUAGUGGAUUUGUUUAUAAGUCUGCGUGUGACUGCGGCAGAAAAAUAUGUCCAAGAGAAGACCCCUAUACUAUCAAACAAGCCAACUACACGUUCUACCAGCAAGCGGCAAAGGAAUGUCAAUGCUCGAAACUAGAACGACUAACCUUGCCAGUGUUCGAACCGUCAGUGAAGGAGUUCAAAGAAGCAAACUUGAAAGAAUGGGAAGACACUGCAUCAGAAUCUUCUGAUAACGCCGAGAACUACGCGCUGUGUGAUCUGCCGAGACAUUGGUCGGCACCUAGUACUGUAGAGUACUUGCCAGGGAUGUUGACUCUGAGUUCUCCAGCUGGGUUGUUGCCCGAGUUUCAGAGCUGGUCGCUUGUAUGUCUUGGCGCCUCUUCGCUUUACAGCCACAAUUUAGGAUUAUCCGAAUCCCACCAUCCUGGUUUUCUCAGCUCUACAAAUUACUUGUUGCCAUGGGACGUUACUGUGUAUCCAAAUUCCAAGCAGAAUUGGCCUCACGUUAAUAAAUACGCUAUCAGAGGUAGAAGAGGACGUCAAACAGGCAGUUUGCCACAGUUUACUGUCAAAGUUUUCAUCGGUGUUGAGUAUGAGUGUACUUCUGGUCAUAGGUUUAUGUUAGCCGCUCCUGAUAGAAUCUUAAAAGCAACACCUGGUAGUAUAGUCAAAGAUACUGGCCACAAAAUAGCAGAAAGCGAUUUGCCAUUAUAUUAUCCAUGUCCCUGUCGGGGCGGAAAGUUGGCGCAACUGUUGAGGCUCCACGUAGUUACGCCUAAAGCGCCAGUCAGUUGUACGCUCAAUCCCAAGGUACAACCAGCUGUGGGUUCGCCUAUUUUCGUAAGUACCCUGGAUGGUCCCAUAAAGUUGACUCAAUCGGCAUACUGGAUCAUGAGAUUACCGUACGUUUAUGUAGCUGAUAAACAACAUUACUCGCAAAAUCCUUCUGCCAAACUUCUCAAAGGUGUAUUUGGUAUUACUGAAAUUGAUCAAUAAAUGCGUAAGUGACUA